AUGUCAGAUCCAGAGAUAUACUCAGAUCCACAGAUAUACACCAUCGGUUGGAUAUCCGCUCUUCCUCUUGAGUCUGCGGCAGCCCAACAAUUCCUGGACGAGCGACACAAGCCUCCAAAAUCCGUUAGCCAACAUGACAACAAUGUCUAUAUUCUAGGUAGGGUUGGACGUCACAACGUCGUUAUGGCAAGCCUGCCAAAAGGUGAAUAUGGGACUACGACAGCGGCCACGGUUGCCAAGGAUAUGCUACAUAGCUUCCCUAAUGUCCGCAUCGGUCUUAUGGUCGGCAUUGGUGGUGGUGCUCCAAGUGCAGCACAUGAUAUCCGCCUAGGAGAUGUCGUGGUGAGUACUCGCGAUGGUGGUCAAGGUGGUGUUUUUCAGUACGACUUUGGCAAAACAAUCCAGGAUCAGAUAUUCCACUAUACACAGCACUUGAACCAGCCACCACAACUCCUUCUGGCCGCAGUAGGCGCGCUAGAGACGCGGUACAUGGCAGACAACAAUGAACUCGACUUCAAGGUAGAGAAGGUUUUAGAAAAGAAGCCUAAGCUCCGCAGGAACUUUUCGCAACCACCAGCCUCAAAUGAUAGACUACACCGGCCAGACUUUGUGCAUCGAAACUCGCUGCAAACGUGUAGCAAUGCUUGUGGUGACGAUCCAGAACAUUUGGUGGAUCGACCAGAGCGCGACCAGGAAGACGAUAGCACGGUCGUUCACUAUGGAGUCAUUGCGAGCGCCAACCAACUGAUGAAGGAUGCGCUGAUCCGAGAUAAGCUGGCUGCAGAGAAGGGCGUGCUCUGUUUCGAGAUGGAAGCAGCCGGUCUGAUGAACCAUUUUCCGUGCUUAGUAGUCCGUGGUAUCUGCGACUAUGCCGAUUCACAUAAGAAUAAAGAGUGGCAAGGGUAUGCAGCAAUGAUAGCAUCGGCGUAUACGAAAGAGCUUCUGGAGCAGAUUCCGCCCAACAAAAUAGAGGCUGAAAGUCGAAUACUCAAAACAAUUGGACAAUCUGUGAGUCAAAUAGAGAAGACCUCGCUCGCAACACAAGUCGUCGUCGAUCAAAUGGGAUCUCAACUCCACUGUGAUGGGAUCAAAAGCUGGCUAUGCCCGCCCGAUCCAUCUACCAACGUCAAUCAUGCAAGGAAACUCCGCCAGGAAGGCACAGGAAUGUGGCUUCUAAACAAAUCUUUCUUCCACUCAUGGUGUUCAGGGCCCAAUCGACAUUUAUGGCUGCAUGGUUUCGCGGGAUGCGGAAAGACUGUUCUCAGCACGACUAUUCUAGACUAUCUGACCGGGACGUAUCGCGGACUCCUUCUUCGAUUUUACUUCGACUUCAGCGACGGGAGGAAACAGACCAUGGAUUGCAUGUUACGUUCACUCGCAUUUCAGAUGUAUGAACGUGGGGCCGGGUGUAGAAAACACCUUGAUGAAUGGUUCAGGCACAAUCGCGCAGACCAGCCUUCUACAGAAGCACUAUCCGAGAUUGUACGCAAAAUGCUCGUCGAAGAGAAACAUGUGUGUAUUCUUCUAGAUGCACUGGAUGAAUCCACGACUAGAAAUGAGCUUCUACGAUGGAUCAAAAAUACGAGUUCUGACCCUGAACUGCAUGAUGUUCGGUUACUUUACACCAGCCGACCUGAGUCAGAUUUAAACCAGGGUAUACCUGCCAUUAUAGGACAAGAAAGCUGCUUCCCGAUUGACAAGCAGGCUCUGGAUGAAGAUAUAUGGUCCUUCGUCACAUAUCAGCUUACAGAAAGAGAAGAGUUCAAGAGAAGAGAGUUGUCAGAGGAUCUUGUAGAACUGAUUCGAACACGAAUUGGUGAGGGAUCCGAUGGAAUGUUUAGAUGGGCAGCUUGUCAAAUGGACGAUCUCGCAAAAUGCCUGAAUCCGAAAAUGAUGAAGAGCGCACUCGAUAUUCUACCCAGAGAUCUUGCAGAGACGUACGAACGAAUGCUGCAGAACAUCCCGGAGAAUCUCGCAGAUAGCGCCAAGCGUCUCCUGCACUUCCUUGUCCAUUCCCCGUCGCCACUGACUUUAAAAGAGGCAAAGGAAGUUAUUGCAACGAACAUAGACGUAAACCCGUCAUAUUUUGAUGCCGAAUGCCGACCUUUUGAAGAUGGACUAGUCUUACAAUAUGCUCCCGGCUUGAUCUCAAUCGUUGAAGUGAACACAACAAAGGGCACAAUCAAUGAACUGCACCUUGCGCACUUCUCGGUCCAUGAAUUUCUGGAAACCCGAGCGGACUUUGAACUUCUAGCAGCCAGUAACAUCAUCACGCGAACAUGCCUGACGUACCUGAAGGACAUCACGACUAGUCAUGACGAUAUUGAGCACGUCGAGUACGACUUUCCAAUGGCACGUUUCGCAGCGAGAACAUGGACAAGUUUCGGUGCUUCAGCAGAGAUGUUCCAAGAUUCUUUACAAGAAAUGUUGACGUUCUUAGAGGGAAAAGAGACUUUCGAACGAUGGUGUCGAUUAUAUCAAGCGGAGUGGCCUUGGCUGGAGUAUCCUGGCCCCCCAACGGCAUCCAGGCUCUAUUACGUUUGCCUGACAGGGCUUCCAGAUGUGGCCCGAGCCCUGAUUGACAAAGGGGCGGAUAUCAAUGCCGCAGGUGGGCGAUACGACAAUGCUCUAAAAGCUGCUGCAACUAAAGGCCACUAUGAGGUCGUAAAGCUACUGCUAGAGAAGGACGCAAACAUGACUGCUCUGCAAGAUGCUGCAGCUGAAGGCCACUAUGAGGUCGUGAAGCUACUGCUAGAGAAGGGCGCAAAUGUCAAUGCAUCAAGCUGCUAUGGAACUGCUCUGCAAGCUGCUGCAAUUGAAGGCCGCUAUGAGGUCGUGAAGCUACUGCUAGAGAAGGGCGCAAAUGUCAAUGCAUCAAGCUGCUAUGGAACUGCUCUAGAAGCUGCUUCAGACAGAGGCCAUAAUAACAUUGUAAAGCUACUGAUAGAGAAUGGCGCAGAUACCGAUCGACCCCUGAAGCGGGCGCGGAGAUAG